UCUGCAUAAUAACCUUUUUUCUGUUGAAUACUAGUGGCUCUUCAGCUCUCUUAUUGAAGAAAUAUUAAAAAAAGGAAAAUUCAAAGAUAAGCAUGAGGCAUUUGUUUUUAAAUACGUUGACAAAGCAAAAUGUGUAUCGAUUGGGCUUCAAUAGAUACUCAACUCUCCAAGAGCCCAAGGAACCUAUUGUGAAAAGCAAGGCCAUACCUGGACCGAAGUCCCUUGAGCUAAAGAAUAAACUGGAUGCUGUUCAGAGCACCGGUACUAUACAAUUGUUUGCCGAUUACGACAAGUCCGCUGGAAACUACAUUUGCGAUGUUGACGGAAAUGUAUUGCUGGAUGUUUACACCCAAAUUUCCUCUGUACCCCUAGGUUAUAAUCAUCCGAGGCUCAUCAACGUUUUCAAAGAUGAGAAAAACCUAAAAACUUUAAUCAAUAGACCCGCACUUGGGGUUUUUCCUGGAAAAGAAUGGCCCGAAAAACUGCAUUCUAUUUUGUUGAACAUUGCCCCAAAAGGAUUAAACAAAAUAACUACCAUGAUGUGUGGGUCAUGUUCAAACGAAAACGCAUAUAAAAGCAUUUUUAUAUGGUAUCAAAAUAAACUUCGUGGAAAGACAGCCUUUACGGAACAGGAAAAAUGCUCGUGUAUGAUAAACCAGGCCCCAGGCUCCCCCCAACUGAGCAUUCUGUCAUUCAAAGGAGCCUUCCAUGGUCGCACCCUAGGAGCACUCUCCACAACACAUUCAAAGUAUAUUCAUAAAAUCGAUAUUCCAUCAUUUGAUUGGCCCGUAGCAUCAUUCCCACAAUACAAAUAUCCUUUAGAUGAAAAUGUGGCGGAAAACAAAAAGGAAGACGAAAAGUGUCUGAGUGAAGUCGAAGAUCUUAUUGAACAAUACACCAAGAAAAGCAAUCCCGUUGCUGGCGUUGCUAUUGAGCCUAUUCAGAGCGAAGGAGGUGACAAUGAAGCAUCACCAGAGUUUUUCAGAGGCCUGCAAAGUAUUUGCAAGAAGAGAGGUGUUGCUCUCUUAAUCGAUGAGGUUCAGACCGGAGGUGGCGGCACUGGCAAGUUCUGGUGCCAUGAACACUUUAAUUUCGAGCAACCACCCGAUGUUGUUACCUUCAGUAAAAAGUUACAAUUAGGUGGCUAUUUCCAUAAUGAUGAUUUUGUACCCAAUGAGCCUUAUCGAAUCUUUAACACCUGGAUGGGAGACCCGGGCAAAGUUCUGCUGUUGGAGGAAAUCAUUAAAGUAAUACAGGAGGAAAAGCUAUUGACCAAUGUAAAUGAAACCGGAAAAGUUUUAAAAGACGGCUUAUUAAACUUGGAAAAAGAAUUCCCGAAUAUUCUAAACUCCACCCGUGGACGUGGCACAUUUUUAGCUAUCAAUUGUACCAACACAAAUGUGAGAGAUCGUAUUAUAACCGCCCUAAGGCAUACCGGUGUUCAGACAGGUGGAUGCGGAGAUAUUUCCAUUCGGUUCCGCCCGGCCUUAGUGUUUAAGAAAUACCAUGCCAACAUUGUCCUGGACCGCUUCAGAACAGUUUUGAAAUCACUUUAAGAUUAUCUAAAAGUUAAAUGAAUGUGCUCUGAAUAUAGAAAAUGAAUGCUUAUAUACAAUGUAAAAGGAUUAGAAAAUUAUUUUGUCUUGUUGAAAUUGUAUUACAUACCAUUAUUUCUAUGCCGUGAAAAUAUAUUUUAAAAAACUUGCGCUUCCAUA